AUGGAUAAUGAGAGUUUUCUAGAUUUGAUGGCGAGAACAAAUGCAGUGUUUAAUUUAAGUGAAGCUGAUCAUUUAAUCUCUCCACACGAGUCCGAGAGUGAUGAAACUGAUGGUGAAGAUGGAGACGAUCCCAAUUCAGAUUCAGCAAGUUCUGAAGGUGAAGAAGGAGACAAUCCAAGCACAGCAUUCAGCACACAUGUACCUACUGCCCCAUGGUUUUCAACGGAGGCUUUUACCUACAACAAUGUCACUGAUAAUUCAGGUGAUUUUUCUAGUGCCUCUAGUGUUAAUCCUCUUGGUAGUAGUAUUUUUCAAGGUCAGUGUUUUGAAGAUAAACAAUCUGCUAUCGAUUCAAUUAAGUCUGACCACAUAAGGGAGUCUAGAAAUUACCGUGUGGUAAAAAGUACUCCAACGUUAUAUGAAGGAAAAUGUGUAGUAGAUGACUGUCCAUGGAGAAUUCGUGUUACUCUAAGAAAGAAAUAUGGCUUCUUUGAAAUCACCAAACUACCUGCUGCGCAUACUUGUCUUUUAAGGACAAUUGAACGAGAUCAUCAGAAGCUUAGUUCGAGUCUGAUUGUCCUGGAGAGUCCAUCAAUAAAAGUAAAUAAUAUUAUGACUCAAAUGAUAACUAUCUACAAGUAUCAUGUGAGUUAUAAGAAGGCAUGGCUGGGAAAACAAAAGGCAAUCUCAGAUGUUUAUGGUGAUUGGACGACUUCGUACUCCAAACUUCCACAAUUGUUAAGUGCAUUAAUGUACUAUAAUCCAGGAACUGUUGCUUUAAUUGAAGCUGAAGUUGAUGUCGAUGCAUCUGUUUGUAAACGUGUGUGGUGGUCAUUUAAACCAAUGAUAGAGGGGUGGCAACAUGCUCGACCAGUUAUAAGCAUUGAUGGUACAUUUUUAAAAGAAAGGUAUACUGGAGUUUUAUUAAUUGCAAUGGGGUUCGAUUCUAAUAACCAACAAUAUCCGCUCGCAUUCGGUUCAGUCGAUAAAGAAACAACCUCCAACUGGUCUUGGUUCUUGUAUCAUCUUCGAAGAAAUGUAUGCUGGGAAAGAAUGGGUGUUUGCAUCAUUUCAGAUCGUCAUGUCGGAAUCAUUGAAGCAAUGAGAAGGGAAAGAAAUGGCUUCACAGGUGAUAUGGGUAUCCAUCGUUUUUGUCUUUUACAUAUUCGUAGCAAUUUUUCUUCAGCUCAUCCAGGUGCACAGUUGAAGAUGUUAUGUUGGUUGGCUGGAAAUACAUCUCAGGUGAGGAAAUUUGAAAGAGCAAUGAAAAAAAUCAAAGAACUUAAUCCGACUGCUGAAGAAUGGCUACGAAAUAUUCCACUAGAGAUGUGGACUAUGUCCCAUGAUGGAGGAUAUCGUUAUGGCCAGGUAACAACAAAUAUGGUUGAAACAUAUAAUGGUCAAUUACGAUCCGCUCGUCAUCUCCCAAUCACUUCAAUGGUGGAGUACAUAUAUUAUCGGAGUGUCAAACUUGUUGCUGAAAGGCGAACUCAAACACUGAACGAUCUUCAAAAUGGUCAUGUAUAUUGCAAGAAUUCGAGAGAGCUCUUUCAAAAGAUUGAACAAAAGGCAUCUGCACAUAAGAUUAUUCCAUACAAUCAAGAAAGAGGAGUAUAUGAAGUGACAACUGCAAGAUACAAAACAGAUAAGGGAUUUUGGAAAGGUGGAAACAAGCAUCAUAUAGAUCUCUCUAAAGGAUACUGUUCUUGUGGAAAAUGGCAUAGGUAUCACUCUCCUUGUUCUCAUAUAGUUGCUGCUUGUAUGACAUGUCAUCUAGAUUGGAAGCAAUACAUUGAACCAUAUCAUACUCUACCAAAAUUAUAUGAGAUGUGGCAACAUGAAUUCUCCCCAAUACCGCAUCAAUCAUAUUGGACGUUUCCACUAGCAAAUAAUUGGGAGAGGUAUGGAAUGCUCGUACCUAAUGAGGAUUUGAGGAAGAAGAGGAAGAAAAGGCACAACAAAGGUCAAAGUCAAAGAAUUCGCACGGAAAUGGAUAACUCACAGACUGGUAAAACGUGUGGAAAAUGUGGACAACAAGGUCACACGAGACGCAGUGCACGUUGUCCUCAAAAAGAUCUUUAA